AUGCGUGCUACUACCGUCGGAAUCGUCUCUAUCGGAGACAUGGGCUUGGGCAUGGCGAAACUGCUCAAGGCCCACGGUUAUCGGGUGGUUACCGUCGCAGAGGGGAGAAGUGAACAUACCCAGGCACGAAUCCACGCGGCUGGCAUCGAGGCGCUACCUUCCGACCAAGAGCUUGUGGUCCAGGCGGACUACAUUUUAUCCAUUGUACCUCCCCGAAAUGCCCUCGCAACAGCGGAACGUAUUGCGGGGGCCCGCAAUGAGCCCGAUACAGCAAGCAGACGGCAGGAGCUAGAGGAUGUCAACCAUCGGCCGAACCGGAGCGAUCUCUUUUACCUCGACCUCAAUGCAAAGCCGGCCCGAUUGGCCGAGGAAAUGGCGGCACUCUUUGCGCCAGCCACGUCAACCUCCGAACCGCAAGCCGGAAGCCACUUCCUCGACGGCGGCAUCAUUGGGGGCCCUCCGAAGCAGCUCGCGGACGGGACGUGGAAGAAACCCAGCAUAGUGCUGUCGGGCGCGGUGGAUCUUCCCCCCACGUUUGAUGGCCUGACCAGUACGCUGAACAUGAAACUUGUGUCGCCGAAGGUUGGCGCGGCCUCUACGCUCAAGAUGUCUUUCGCAGCAUUGACCAAGGGCCUCACCGCGCUGUCGAUCCUGUCCUUCUCGACGGCUGAGCGGGAAUCGCUUCUUCCAGAGUUGCUGGAGCAUCUUGACGCUUACUCUCCACAUACGGCGUCACUGGCCCGUGCCGGCGUCAUUGGCAUGAGUCCCAAGGCAUAUCGAUGGGUGGACGAGAUGCGUGGCAUCGGCGAAACGUUCGAUUCCGAGGGCGGAUGGGAUGGAGUCGGGGCCAGUGUCUAUGGCGGGAUCGCCGAGGUCUACCGGGCGGUGGCGGAGGAUACGAUCUUAGGACAAGAACGCGUCGAGCAGCGACGACGAGGGACGAGUGUAGAGGAUGCCGCUAGCAUCAUCGCGCAAAGAGCGGAGCAUAACCUCUGA